AGAGAAAACAGAUCAAAUGAUAGCUGGAAAAUCUCACGUAUGCAUAUGUAUACGUAAACAUCAAAAACGUCAAAAGUAUGUGUGAUCUAAAAUGACAACACGCGUCCGCGAAGUGAAUUUUUUGCGAAUUAUCGUUGCCUUAUUCCUGUGUACACUUCGCAUGCAGAUUUAUGCGGCAAUCGAGGCCGAGAUCGAUCUUGACGUGGAAGGAAACGGGUUUCAUAGAACGUUGAUUUUUCGGAUACACUUCAAGAAUUUUACCCAGAAUGACUGUCAAGCUGCUAUUUACAUGGAAUUACCAUCAGCAUUGUAUGUCAAUACAGACGAAAUAGCGGAAAUGAGAAGAAGAGGAACGAAUAUCAUAUGCUUUGUUGGCGAGACCAACAUUGAAUUAUUCGCAGAGAAGGCUGGUCAGCAGAAUGUGACAACUUGCGCAUCCAUAAGUUCGUCAUCCUCCAGUUUAACAAUUCCCGUUCACCAACGUUAUCGAUAUGCGCACGAAACAGGUGAUUAUGUUAAUGUGACUUUGCCUGAAGUGAAGCUGCUGCUGGGAUGUCGGAAAAGGAUCAGAGACUACAGAGUAUCUAAAAUAGACUUAUGUGAACCAUGUGUCGGACUAAUAGCCAAGUGGCGUGAGAUUCCAUAUCGUAUGUCAAACAAUCGCGACUACGUUUGGCAGAUACCAAUCGGCGACUCUUCUCUCUCGCUUUUUGUUACUUGUGUCACAUUAGUGACAACGAUUAUCGGCGCGAUAUUUAUCGGCCACACCAUUCGGACUAAUGCAUUGCAAAAUCAUUCGAAAGAAGACUGAGAUAAUCAAG